AAUAUACGCCCAUUUAAUUCUAACGCAGGUAGUACUGAAAUUUAUAACGCAUGAAAAAAACAAACAGUGGCACUUUAAACGGUGAGCCGAUUGACCAAUUGCAUUCGAGAAUUAUUGAGAAUUGCAUAUAGAAAAACCUAGAAAAACAUGAUGCUUAAAAGUCACUGCUAGUCGCGACUCUAUAAAGUCUAGUGACUAUAGACUGCUGUGUAUGUAACGCGAUUUGAGCAACUCAUCAUUACUCUGAAGUAGAGAGAAAGAGAGAUAGAGAAUAUUCACGAUGGUAAAGUGAUUAAAACUUUAAAUUAUAUUAUAUUUCAUUGAUUACUCAAUUGUUUACUUGUGAUAAUUAUUGCUUUAUUUUAUUAUAUGCUACAAACCAUGGUCGAGUGAAGGUACGUACUACAGCGGAGCAAGAAGAAAUACUGAGGAAGGAAAAGGCUGCUAAAGUUGUUCAAUACAAAGCUAACAUUUCCAUAGUAUUUCAAAAGAGGAAAGAUGAACUGUGGGAUGAUGAAUUGCUGUCGAUUACCAAACAUAUGCUUUUGAGUAAUCCAGAUAUUUACACGUUGUGGAAUAUUCGCCGUGAAGCUUUUAAAAAAAACAAAUGGGACGAAGAGGAGUACAAGCAAAUGCUCGAAGAUGAGAUGAGCUUAACUGAGAGCUGUCUCAGGGCAAAUCCUAAGUCAUACAGUGUGUGGCACCAAAGACAUUGGGUAAUAGAACAGAUGUUUGAACCCGAUUGGAAAAAAGAAUUAGCACUGUGUGCAAAAUGUCUAAAUUUAGAUGAAAGAAACUUUCACUGCUGGGAUUACAGAGAGUUCAUUGUGCAGAAAGCUGAAAUCCCUAAUAACAAGGAGCUCGAGUUCUCCAACACGAAAAUACUAAACAAUAUAUCGAACUACUCAUCUUGGCAUUACAGAAGUCGAAUAUUAUACAAAAUGUUUGGCACUGCGUCGGAAGAAAUACCAAUCGAAGAUGAAAAGUACAGAGAGGAGCUCGAUUUGGUCAUAAAUGCGACGUUUACUGAUCCUAAUGACACUAGCGCAUGGUUCUACCAAAGAUGGCUUUUGGAUAAACAUGUGACUAUCUGUCGGCUGUGGCGUGCUUAUAUUAAAAAGGACAUCGCUAUCGUUAUUCUCGACAACAAUAUGCUGAUUAAACCAAUUUCGCUAUCACUACGUGUAAACAGUAAGAACGUCGAUGUGCAAUGGCAAUCGUAUCCGGAUGAGAAAUUUGCUAAAUUACAAAUUGCCAAACUCGACAGUCCAUUGACGGAUCCAAAUCGUGUUAAAAAAGUUUCGAUAGAAUUGCAAGAAACAAAGUAUCGACUGUGUUACUCGGAAUCGGAGAGCGCCUGGAUUUACAAAGAUAAUAUCAGCCUAUACAAGCAAAAUAGCAACGAUAAGCAAUUGGACGAACAGUUAAAAAGCUACAACCAACUGUCCGAAAUGGAGCCGGAUAACAAAUGGGCUUUGCUGACCGAAAUUCUCCUGAUGAAGAAGAUCGAUCUUUCCAAGUUUUACACUAAUAUCUUGAAAAACCUAAUGAUGCUGUCGAAAGUAGACUCUUUUCGCUCUAAUUAUUACAAGGAUUUGCGAAGCAGACUUUUGGUGGAGUACAAAUUGAGCGAAAUAUGGAAGCAGGAGGAGAGCUCGGAAAUACAAUCAAAGAUCGAUUUAUCUGGAUUAGGCUUGACAAGUUUACACAAUAAUCACUACUUCAGCCUCUUCGAGGAGGUGAAUCUUGGCGCGAAUCAUUUGAAAGAUUGUUUGUAUCAGUUUUCCACGUUACAACGAUGCACGAAACUAUCUCUGUCUAGCAAUGACAUAACGUCGUUGAAACAUUUCCCUACUAUGCACAGUCUCGAAUUUCUGUCCCUAAGAAACAACAAAUUAAUGAGUAUGGAGGAGAUAUUGAACUUUGUAAAGCGACAUGAAAAAUUGAAGAGGUUGGACUUGAGGGAUAAUCCAGUGUGCGCAGAAAUCAAUACGACCAAAAUUCGGGAAAUAAAUCCUCACUUGGAGAUAUUGAAUUCAGCUAUCAAGUGAAAAGAAACUCGACUCUGCAGAGCGUCAAUUCGCGUUCCUUUAUUCCAUCGGCAGAAGAAGCGCCUAUACUAAGACAUCAUGUUCGUUAUUUCGCUUCGCAUAUCUACAAGAAACUUCUUACAUACGGA